AUGUCAAAAAUAGUUGAAAAAAGGUCAGAAAGAGUAUCUGAGUUUUACGAAGACUACGCCAAAAAAGGUGAAAUCUAUACAGGAUCUGGAAUAUAUAAAGACACUAAAUCACUGCAAAACCAAAGAUAUAUGUGGCUUGAAUAUUCUUCAGGAGAGCUUAGAUGGAGUAAUCAUUCAAUUACCCAAUCUCAAUUCAAACGAAUUGCCUUAACUCACAUUAACAAAUUAACAAAAAUUCAGCACGCUAGCUCUUAUGGUUUCCAGCUAGAAACACAUCACCAUACCAUAAAAUUCUGGGCUAACAGCCAAGAAGAAAGGGACUAUUGGUUUAUAGCGUUAAAUUUGGCAUUAGACAAAAAGGAAAAUAAGCCAAAUAAAAGUCUCUCUUCUUUUAGUUCGCUAAAUUUAGACGAAAAUCAAAAAAAUCCGAGUAAACACACCCCAGCGAGUUCGAUUCACAACUUAUCGUAUUUUGCAAAUAAAAUAACAGAAGGUUCUACACCUUCUCCUACAUCAGAACAAGACUAUAAAUAUAUUCUUAACAAAUUAGCAGCUAUCAUUGAUCCUGCCAUACACGAUACAUCGCAAUCAUCAUUAGAAGAGCUUCCUCAGAGCAUAAAAAUUAUUUUAAGCCAAAAUAAUUUAUCAUUAGCAAAUAUCAUGAACUCAAAGCACCAAAAUCCAAGCUUAUCUGCAGAAACUACAUCAUUAUUACAGCAAGUUUCAGUCCUUCAAGAAAAGGUGACUUCUCUUGAAACAAUUAAGCAAGAUUACGAUACCCAUAUGCACACCCUUCAAGAUUUAACUAAUAUUUAUCAUGAUGAAAAGCAAUUAACUGAAGACUUCGCUGAAACUUUAGAACGUUUACAUUUAGAAAAAAACAAAGCAUCAAGAGACUGCAGACUUUUUAAAACUGAGCUUGAUUUUAUGUCAGAAAGAAACAAUAUUUUGGAAAAAAGGCUACAAGAAGCAGGCUUUUGUGAUGAUUCUAAAAAGUAUGUAGAAAUUAUGAAAGGAGUAAAUGGACAAGUCACAAAAAAAGGAAAAGAAAUAGAAAAAAUGGUUUCAGUUUCUUUAGAAAAAGACAGAUUAAUAUUCAGACCUGUAGAUUCUUUUGAAAUAGAAAGAGAAGAGCUGCCAUUUUCUGAAAUUACUUCGAUUACUCCUACAAAAAAAUUAGAAAAUAAAGCCCAGGCGAUAAUCCACAAUUUAAAUACCCCGAUUUGUAUAAGUUUGCCUAUAGAAAAAGCAGGGAUUUUUACUGAUAUUUUGGAUUUGUUUAACGAGUAUAAAAAGAUGCAGACUGAGUCUAUUGAAAAUUUAAUAGCAAGGCAGUUUAAAGGGAAUUGUGAUAUUUUAGAGUCCCAGUUAAGAUUUAUAGAGAAAAGAAUGAAGCUGUAUAAGUCUGCGAUUAUUGGGUCAAUAUUUGAUAUAAAAAAUUCUAUGAGCGCGUCUCAGUCAUUGCUAGAGGCUGAAAUAUUUAUUUUAGGAGAGUCUGUGCCUAAAAACAUGGUUGGGCCAGUGUCUGAGAUGUGUUUACAGUAUAUAAAUAAAGAGAGAAAAGAAAUAAUUGAGAAGAUUUCUCAGACAAAUCUGAUGGUAGCUCUUUGUAAUAAGGACACCGAUAAGGGAAAAGAAAAUGUAUAG